AGAGGCACACGGAAUAACCCUCCGGUUAACUUCUUACGUUCCGUAUAGUCUUUCCGUCCAACUUAUCUUUCGCUCGCUCGCUCACCUUGACUCACUGAUUCAAUGAAGUGCCGAUCAGUUGCGUGCAUAUGGUCAGGCACGCCUCCGUCCCACAGAGUCACCGCCGCCGCCGUGCUGAACCAGCCUCCGACUCUCUACACCGGCGGAUCCGAUGGCUCCAUCGUCUGGUGGAGCCUCUCCUCCGCUGAUCCCAACCCGGAAAUUAAACCAAUAGCUAUGUUGUGUGGCCAUGCUGCACCCAUAGCUGAUCUUGGCAUUUGUUAUCCUGUUGUGGUGUCAGGAAAUGAAAAGCUGGAUUCUUCAAGUGACGUUGGGGUCACCUCUACUUCUGAUUAUUGUGAUGCGCUAAUCAGUGUGUGUACCGAUGGUGUGAUGUGCUUGUGGAGCAGAAGCAGUGGGCAUUGUAGACGAAGGAGGAAAUUGCCUCCUUGGGUAGGUGGUCCAUCCAUGGUUCGAACAUUGCCUUCAAAUGCAAGAUAUGUGUGUAUUGGCUGUUCUUUUGUAGAUAAUGUUCAUUUGUCUGGUCAUCAUUCCAUUGAUUCCAUGGAAGGAGGUGAGGAGUCGGUGGAUAGAGAGUCCCAGCACAGAAAACCGCCGAAGUGCGCUAUAGUUAUUGUUGAUACAUAUACCCUUAUGAUUGUCCAAACCGUUUUUCAUGGGAGUUUAUCUAUCAGUUCAUUGAGGUUUAUGGCCGUAGUUUCGUCCAUGGAACACAAAGAGAAGCAUUCUGUAGUCAUGGCUGAUUCAUUUGGUAGGCUGCAAUUGGUUCCGAUAUUAAAGGAUCCCCACUGGGGUAGAGACAACGGGACUGGUCUGCAUAAAAGUUCUUCUCAGUUGGAGAUGAAUGUUUGGGAAGAUGGGUUCAGUGAAGGUGGGCAGGUUGUGUCAAUUGCAACCUGUGGAAAUGUUAUCGCUUUUGUUUUGAAAAACCAAUGUAUAUUUAGACUAUUGACCAGUGGUACUAAGAUUGGAGAGAUUUCUUUUGUGGACAACUUCCUUUGUCUAGAAGUUAAGUCUACUCAGUCACAUGUUAUAGGGGGAAUGUUUCUUGAAAGUGAAGAUUCUGGGAGUAAGCUAAAUGCUAACAAACUUCAGGGAAUAUCUACAACCAAUUUUGCAGUGUGGAAUAAUAAAGGUGAUGCAGUUGUAUAUGCAGUAUCAUUUUUAAAUAACAUAUUCAAGUGUGAAUCUCUUUGUCAGAUCCCUACCGCUUCUCAUCCCUUUGAUGUGAGAUUAUCAGUUCGUUUCGUUCAAUUGAAUCGUUAUCUUCUUUGCAUUGAAUCACUUUGCUUUUAUGUUGAAGAACCUCUACAGUGGAAACCCCACUUCACAAUCUGGUCAGUAUAUUCAGAACAUGAUGACCAAGGAAAAGUGUGCUGGCAGUCCAGAAUGCAUGGGAAAAGCGGUUUUUUUGUUGACUGGAUUGCAAACUCUACUUCACUUCAUGAAAUUGAGGGCCCCAGUAACAGAAUGAAUAAAUUAAGUUCUCAGCAAGAAUCUGUUCCAAGUCCAAUAAGUGGUGACAAUAUACAUGCAGAAUAUCAGUCCCAUAAGGGACGGAUAGUAUCUUCUUCCAUGAUUAUUUCAGAAAAUAUCAUUGCACCUUAUGCUCUUGUGUAUGGCUUCUUUAGUGGGGAAGUAGAGGUUGUAAGAUUUAAUUUGUUUCAUGGACUAACUUCUUCUGGUAAUAGUUCACACCAUGAAGUGGGUUCACAUGUAUCCAGACAAUAUUUUCUAGGGCACGCAGGUGCUGUAUUAUGCUUGGCAGCACAUCGCAUGGUCAGCACUGCCAAAGGAUGGAGUUUCAGUCAGGUUUUAAUUUCUGGAAGUAUGGACUGCACAGUUCGUAUAUGGGAUCUUGACACAGGAAAUCUCAUUACCGUAAUGCACCAACAUGUGGCUCCAGUGCACCAAAUAAUUCUUCCCCCAUCCCGGACUGACCAUCCUUGGAGUGACUGCUUCCUCUCUGUUGGGGAGGACUCAUGUGUUGCUCUGGCUUCUCUUGAGACUCUACGAGUUGAGAGAAUGUUUCCUGGACACCCCAGCUAUCCUGCUAAAGUUGUAUGGGAUGGUGUAAGAGGUUAUAUUGCAUGCCUCUGCCGAAACCAUUCAGGAACAUCUGAUGCCAGCGGUGUUUUGUACAUUUGGGAUGUAAAGACAGGUGCUCGGGAGCGGGUUCUUCGUGGGACCGCUUCUCAUUCAAUGUUUGAUCAUUUUUGUAAAGGCAUAAGCAUGAAUUCGAUAUCUGGCAGUGUAUUGAAUGGAAAUACCUCAGUUUCCUUAUUAAAUCUUCCAAUAAUUGAGGAUGAAAUCUUUUCUCAGUCUAAUCUAAAUAAUAUAGAGAAGUUGGUCACUUCAUCAAAUGGGGUGCGGAGUAUGGCAAAUAUAAUUGAGCCCAACACUUCACAUGCACAUGUUGGCAAAGGAAUUUCUGCAAAACCAUUUCCAAUCACUCCAUCUAUCCUUCAAAGCAACAAGCCUUCCAUUAAAUGCUAUUGCCCAUUCCCUGGAAUUGCUACACUGAGUUUUGACCUUGGGUCAUUGAUGUUUCUUCAUCAGAAGGGUGAACGCACUGCCAAUGGCAGUGAUAAGCUAGAUGGUACCAAUUUGAAGGAACAGGUUACUGAGACACCAAGUGGGGGCAGGAUAAAUAUAGAUGAUGGUUCUGAUGUGAAUGAGCAUACGACUGAUUCUAUAGAAGAGCUUGAGUGGAUUAGAUCACUUGAAGAAUGCUUACUUCGAUUUACCUUGUCAUUUUUACAUUUGUGGAAUGUAGAUUGUGAGCUUGAUGAUUUGCUUAUAACUGACAUGAAGCUAAAGAGGCCAGAGAAUAUUAUUGUAGCUUCUGGUUUGCUAGGGGACAAAGGGUCUUUGACUUUGACAUUUCCUGGGUCGAGUGCCAUUCUUGAGCUCUGGAAAUCCUCAUCAGAAUUUAGUGCGAUGAGGUCACUUACGAUGGUCUCCCUUGCCCAACGCAUGAUUAGCCUGUCUCACUCUGGUUCUGCUGCCAGCAGUGCUUUAGCAGCAUUCUAUACUAGGAAUUUCGCAGAAAAAAAUCCAGAUUUGAAGCCACCUUUACUCCAGCUCUUGGUGAGUUUCUGGCAAGAUGAAAGUGAACAUGUACGUAUGGCUGCUCGCUCUUUAUUCCACUGCACUGCUUCGCGGGCAAUUCCGCUUCCUCUACGUAGUCAAAAAGCAGCUGACCAUGCAAAAAUGAGCUCUCUAAUUGGAACUGGAGAAGAUGAACAUGAGAAUUUAAAUGUAGGGGGAACAUCUGCUAACAGAUUGCACGCAGACCAGCUGAUAGAGACUGAAGGAAUAUCUCAGGUUGAUGAAUCUAAAAUACUUGAUUGGGUAGAAUCAUAUGAAAUGCAAGACUGGAUUUCUUGUGUUGGAGGAACAAGCCAAGAUGCCAUGACUUCUCAUAUUAUUGUUGCAGCAGCAUUGGCUAUUUGGUAUCCCAGCCUUGUAAAGCCAGGUCUUGCAAUGCUGGUUGUUCAUCCAUUAGUGAAAUUGGUUAUGGCAACGAAUGAGAAAUACAGUUCCACUGCAGCAGAGCUCCUUGCAGAAGGUAUGGAGAGUACAUGGAAAGCAUGCCUUGGUUCUGAAAUACCUCGUUUGAUUGGAGAUAUAUUUUUCCAAAUAGAGUGUGUAAGCGGUUCAUCAGGCAACUCAGCUGGAACAAAUCCAGUUGUACCAGUUGCCAUUCGGGAGACUUUGGUUGGUAUUCUUCUUCCAAGUUUAGCAAUGGCUGACAUACUGGGGUUUUUAACUGUUAUAGAAAGCCAAAUCUGGUCUACUGCAUCUGAUUCACCUGUUCAUCUGGUAUCCCUUAUGACUCUCAUCAGGGUUGUGCGUGGUUCUCCGAGAAACUUAGUGCAGUACGUUGAUAAGGUGGUUAACUUCAUUUUACAAACUAUGGACCCUACCAAUUCUGUCAUGCGUAAAACUUGUUUUCAAAGUUCAAUGACAGCCUUAAAGGAAGUUGUGCGUGUAUUUCCUAUGGUGGCUUUGAAUGACACAUGGACCAGGUUGGCGGUUGGGGAUGUGAUUGGAGAGACUAACAAUGCUAGCAUUCGGGUGUAUGACAUGCAAAGUAUGAUGAAGAUCAAGGUUUUGGAUGCAAGUGGACCUCCUGGACUUCCAAGCUUGCUUGCAACAGCAUCAGAAACGGUGGUAACCACUGCAAUUUCAGCUUUGAGCUUUUCACCAGAUGGGGAGGGGCUGGUUGCUUUCUCUGAGCAUGGAUUGAUGAUCAGAUGGUGGUCACUGGGAUCUGUGUGGUGGGAAAAACUGAGCAGAAAUUUUUCUCCUGUGCAUUGUACCAAACUGAUCUUUGUUCCUCCAUGGGAGGGUUUCUCACCUAAUUCUUCUAGGUCAAGCAUAAUGGCAAGCAUAAUGGGAAAUGAUAGGCAGGUCAAUUCACAGGAAAAUGCUAGCGGUUUGAGUCAUGCAGACAAUCUGAAACUAUUGAUUCAUAAUCUAGACCUGUCUUAUCGGAUAGCAUGGGCUGGUGAACGGAAAGUACUCCUUUCAAGGCAUAGCCAUGAGAUGGGUACUUUCCAGUUAUAAGCAUCCUGUCAUUCAGAUUCUUGUGAGCAAGCUCUUGGAAGAUUUUCCUCGCAUAUUCAAGGUGGGGAGUCCAAAUCGUUGUUGCAUUUCAGUUGCAGUUGUCUUACCAAGAAAAAUGUUUUUUUUUGUGUGCGUGUGUAGAGAAAAUCCAUCAAAUUUUAGUUGCAUAGGAUAUCAUGAUCUUUAGUUUCUUUUAUCAUUCAAAACAAGGUUGCGGCGCACAAGUCUGUUUUCAAAGACCACACUGAAGAAGAAUUCAACACGUGCUGUUUGCUCAAAGCAGAUAGCUGUGUAGAUAGUGAUAGUGAUGUACCAUUCGUUUAUUUGUUUUUCUUUGGCUGGAAAAGAUGAGGGGAAGGGUGAUGUGCAUGUAAUUCUUAGCAGAAGAUGGCUGAACUGAUUAGGAUGGACAAUUAUGUUUACGGCUGCCCCGGGUCUUUCUUUCUGUAGCCUUUUCCAGUUUUUUUCUGCUUAAGGCAGUAAUACAUUUUCAAGGAA